CAUCUAAAGAGGAAAACUCUACUCUACUAACAAAGAUAGCUAGUGAAAAAAGAAACUCUUCAAACCAAAAUUAUACUACAGAAAAAAUAGAAGACAACAACUCAAAUCUAGUACAAAAGAUAAAUAUCUUAUCUCCUGAUUCAAAACCUUCCAAACCAAAAUGUGAAACUGCAACAGCAGAUAUAUAG